AACUUUGCUCCUGGCUCAGGUCCCAGGCCCCUGCAACGGGAGAAGGGCUGAAGAUGGCAGCUGUGGGCGAGCCCCACAGCUCCCUCUACGACACCAUCGUGGUGGGGGCCGGGAUCCAGGGGUCCUUCACUGCUUACCACCUGGCCAAGCGGGGCAGAGACACCCUCCUGCUGGAACAGUUCCCCCUGCCUCACUCCCGAGGCAGCUCCCAUGGCCAGAGCCGGAUAAUCCGCCACGCCUACGCCCAGGAGCACUACACGCAGAUGAUGGCAGAAAGCUACAGCCUAUGGGAGCAGCUGGAAGCCGAGGCUGGCACCCAGCUGUACAGGCAGACGGGGCUGCUGAUUCUGGCAGCCAACACCAACCCCGAGUUCCAGCGCUUCUGCCAGUCUUUGGCACGGCACCGCAUCCCCAGCGAGCUGUUCACCGCGGAGUCGCUGCGCGGGCGCUUCCCCGGCAUCCAGCCCUACUGCGGGGAGGCGAGCGUGUUGGACCACACGGCAGGGGUCCUCUACGCAGACAGGGCACUCCGGGCUGUUCAGGACGCGUUCCGGCGGUGCGGGGGAGCCCUGCGCGACAGCGAGCAGGUGACUGACAUCCAGCCGGGGGUCGUGGUUACAGUGACAACCAGCGGAGGGGUGUACCGAGCCAAGAGUCUGGUGAUUACAGCCGGCCCCUGGGCCAAUAAGCUUCUGGCCCCGCUGGGCCUGCAGCUGCCUCUCCAGACGCUGCGUAUCAAUGUCUGCUACUGGAAGGAGAAGGUCCCCGGGGCUUACGGGGUCUCCGCGCACUUCCCCUGCUUCCUGGCCAUCUGCGACCCCCAUCACAUCUACGGGCUGCCCUCCAACGAGUACCCAGGGCUGGUGAAGAUCUGCUAUCACUCUGGCAGCCCGGCAGACCCUGAAGAGCGCGACCGGCCGCCCGAGGCCUCAGGCCUGCCUGACAUCCAGCUGCUCCAGGACUUCGUCAGCAAGUACCUGCCAGGCCUGGUGCCGGAGCCGGCCGUGGUGGAGCACUGCAUGUACACGAACACCCCAGAUGAAGACUUCGUUCUGGAUCGGCACCCCAAGUUCAGCAACAUCGUCAUUGGGGCGGGGUUCUCAGGCCACGGGUUCAAGCUGGCGCCGGUGGUCGGGAAGCUCCUGUGCCAGCUCAGCGUGGGGGAGGAGCCGUCCUACACCAUGGAGCCGUUUGGCAUCCGCCGCUUCCCAGCCCUGCCCCCCGCUGCCCUGUAGCCUGCCCUGCGCCGGGCCCAGGGGCUUCUGCUACCAGCGUCACUGGCCCCCAAGCUCUGGCUGAGCCCGGACGCUCAAGCUGAGCGUGGGGGUCACCCCCUCGGCCCGGGCUCUGUUCCCCUGUUUGUUUGGGUCUCAGCAUCCCCCCAUGCUGGGCACACACAGCCCCAAGACAAGGGGAACACGGGGCUCCCCACUCCUGUUCCAACCAAUAAACACCUGGCAAGCCA